AUGGAACUGCUCGCACGACUUCUCAAAGGGGAGACACCAACGGCCCCAGUACCGGUCUCGCGCUUUGUCGCCUACCUAGCUCGGCAGAACAUCGAAGAGACGACAGCAUUCUGGCGAAGGCACCUCCAAGACACUAACUGGGCACGAUUUCCACCCCUACCGUCCACGCAGCACAUCGUUCAUCCGCGCGAUGUACUACAGAGCCAACUUUCUGUUUCGCAGAGAUCAGGCGUGGCAACAACGCCAACGGUUUUGCGCGCUGCUUGGGCCCUCCUAGUCGCCGCACGUACUGGCGCCAACGAGGCCGUUAUUAGCGUUGCACUCUCUGGUCGAAUGGCCGCCGUAGAAGGAAUCACAGACCUCGUAGCACCGACUGUUACUACUGUACCCUUCCGUGUUCUAGCCUCACGGGAUCAAUCCGUACGUGGAUUCCUUGCUAGCGUACACGAUCAGGCUACUGAGAUGAUCCCCUAUGAGCAUACCGGCCUUCAAAAUAUUCGGCGCAUGCUCCCCAAUCUUGGACGAGAUUUCGACCCCGGGCACAACUUUGUGGUUCAGCUAGCUGGAGAGGACGAAUUAGCAACACCGACGUUCGACAUGAACUUAGAGCGUGAAAAUACCGCUUCGGACGCCUUUGAUUCCUAUCCGUUGACAAUUGAGUGCACAGUAGACCAAACAACAGGUGGCGUACGUGUCGAAUUUCGCUAUGACCAGGCAGUGUUACCGUCAAGUGACGCGGAGCGCCUGCUUGCUCAAUUCAAUCAUGUCGUGCAGCAGUUAGCGCACAACGCAGAUGCGGACCUGCCACUGGGACGUCUUACAAUGCUAUCGGCAGACGAUGAGGCACAGCUCUCCAGCUGGAAUUCGGUAAUGCCACCGCGAAUAGAGCGCUGCAUCCACGAUCUGGUUCAGGAACAGAUGAUCGCACGCCCGGCAGCAAUAGCGAUUAGCGCCUGGGACGGCGAGAUGACAUAUGGCGAUUUGGACAUCACAAGUCGUCAUCUUGCCAAAACCCUAGUAAGGCAGGGGGUGGGCCCAGAAAUAAUGGUCGGGCUAUGUAUGGACAAGUCGAAGUGGGCAGUCGUGGCUAUGAUAGCUAUCCUACGAGCCGGAGGUGCAGUGGUUCCUCUCGGGGUGCAACAUCCAGUAGCUCGCAUUGAGGGCAUCCUCCAGGAUACGUCGGCGCCGCUGGUCUUAGUCGAUGGUGAACAUAAGCUGAGGCUGGCAGCGCUCGCAAGCCAUACGCCAUUGCUCGCUGUUGAUCAGUUCUUCGACAACGCCUCUACGGUCCAAGAGGCGUCAUCUUUAACAUCUGCCGAAACGUGCACAUCCGUGCGGCCAGGAAACGUGGCAUGGGUUAUCUUCACCUCUGGAAGUACCGGCAUGCCAAAGGGUGUCGUCCUCGAACACGCCGCCCUGACAACGAGCGUAGCUACACAUGCGCGCUUCUUCUCUAUGGGACAGAAGACCUGCUGCUUCCAAUUUGCUGCCUACACAUUCGAUGUUAGCAUAUCCGACACACUCGCCACGCUUUUCUCCGGUGGCUGCCUGUGCAUUCCGUCCGAGCACAACCGUAUGAACGAGCUUGCAUCCACCAUACAAGGCUUCGAGGCCAACUAUGCGAACCUCACGCCUACGGUGGUGAAUCUCUUGUCCCCUGUCGACCACCCAACGCUUUCCACCCUAGUGGUAGGAGGAGAGGCCCUCGAUCCUGGUAUUAUCGAGGACUGGGGUGGCAGUAGCCGAGUUAUCAACUCUUAUGGACCUUCGGAAUGCGCCAUCCUCAGCGCUUGUAGCCACGAGCUCAAGAAGAAGGAGGAGGCACCGAUCGUGGGAAAGCCACUCGCCGGCGGGUUCUGGGUAGUAGACCCAGCUGACUUUGGUCGGCUGGUUCCACUUGGCGCGCCAGGCGAGCUGCUUAUUGAGGGUCCACUGCUCUCUCGCGGUUAUCUAAACGACGCCGACAAGACCGCGGCCUCCUUUGUAACGGACCCGGUCUUUGUGCAUCAGCUUGGUCUUAGCCCUGGCCGUCGCAUGUAUCGGUCUGGAGAUAUCGUGCAGCAGAACACGGACGGCUCUUUAAAGUUCCUCGGCCGCCGCGACACGCAAGUUAAGAUCCGCGGCCAGCGGGUGGAAAUCGGUGAGAUUGAAUAUCACCUUGUAAAGCAGACAGAUGUGCAAGACGCGAUCGUGCUUUAUAUGCGUCAAGGGCCCUUAGCAGGUCGUCUCGUUGCCAUUGUGGUCUUGAAUGACACGGCGACACCAGCUGAUACCCAGGGCAUCGCGCGUAUCCCGAAAGAGCACGAACAGAGCGCCACAAGACGACUUCGGGAGGUGCAAGACAGAGUAUCACAGCACGUAAUGCACUAUAUGGUUCCUAAUACGUGGAUUCCAUUGGCGGCCGUGCCGGUGAAUGCGUCAGGGAAGACGGACCGGCUUGCACUCAGUCGCUGGGUGCAAGCAUUACCGUCGGACGAGAUCGCGGCCCUUACGAGCUCUACGGAGGCAGAAGAGGUCGAUCAGUCGGGAGCGACGGAAGUCGAGCAAGAGCUCCGGCAGGUCUGGAGUGAAGUCCUCGGCGUACCACUACCUAGCGUGAAGUACUCGGCAAACUUCUUCAGCCUCGGCGGCGAUUCCAUUACGGCCAUGCAGGUGGUCUCUGCCAGCCGGGCUAAGGGCAUCUCGGUGACGGUGCGCACCGUCCUGGAGAGUCAGACUAUCUCGAAACUAGCAGCUGCUGCACAGGUCGGCAAGGACGCGAGCUACAUGGCGCGUAUACCGAAGGGCGUUUUCGCGCUAUCGCCUAUCCAACAGAUGUACUUUGACGACAUGGCGGCGGAUGGACUUCGCGCUGAUGGAGAACGCCGCUUUAACCAAGGGGUCUCGCUCCGCAUGACGAGACGGGUGGAGCUAGAGGAACUAGCUCAUGCGCUCGACGCAGUGGUCACAAAGCACGCUAUGCUCCGUGCUCGCUUCCAGCACAGCCAGGAGUAUGGUUGGCAGCAGAGGAUAGCGCAGGACGUUUCCGGCUCCUACCGCCUCCGUACACACACUGUCGCCGACACACAGUCUUCGCAACAGGUCGUUGCGCACUCGCAGGCCUCGCUUGACCUCGAGAACGGCCCAGUGUUUGCUGCCGACUUGAUCGACCGGCCCAAACGGCAACUCCUCCACCUUGUUGCCCACCACCUAGUAAUCGACUUAGUGUCGUGGCGUAUCCUGGUCCGAGACAUCGAAGAGGUCCUUAUGCAGCGUACGCUACCAAACCCGAACAGCAUGUCGUUCCCUAUGUGGCUGGAGUGGCAGCGGAAAUCGCUGAGCACUAUCGGCUCGGCGGCGGAGACUCUGCCAGCAUCGAUACCGGUAGCCAAUUGGGAGUACUGGGGGCUUGUCCCUUACCAGGACGUGUGGGCCAACCUCUCUACCGCUACGGCGAAGUGCGACCCUCACACGACCGACCUACUUUUUGGUCGUGCUAACGCUGCUCUGAACACCGAGCCCGUCGAGAUUAUGCUGGCCGCUCUCUUUGUAUCCUUCCGCGAGGUCUUUGCUGAUCGGCCGGUGCCUGCUAUCUUCACCGAAGGGCACGGUCGAGAGGCUGCCGACGACGACGUAGACCUGUCAGACACGAUCGGCUGGUUUACUACUAUGACCCCGCUGCAUGUACCAGUCGGAGCCGAUGCUACCGCCGCUAUAGACGUCCUUAGACAGACGAAGGAUCAACGCCGGCGUAUCCCUAGCCGCGGGACUCCCUACUUCGGGAGUCGCUUCCUCACCGAUUCUGGACGAGACGCCUUUGCAGCCCACAGUCCAGCCGAGAUCAUCUUCAACUAUACUGGACGCUUCCAGCAGGCAGAGCGCGACAACGCUUUGUUCCAAAUCGACGAGGACGACGACGAGCGCGACGGUGUUAACAACGGUGAUGCUUUAGCCCCCGACACAACCACGUCAUCGCAGGCCGGUGGUCUGGUGCGAACUACCGCCGUGCUCGACGUCUCCGUUACGGUUGAGGCCGGUCAAGUGUGCAUAGGCGUCCGAUUCAGCCGCAACGCCCGCCACCAGUCGGCCAUCCAGCAGUGGAUCGCAGCGUAUGGCAAGACCGUAAAGCGCCUCGUAGAAGAGCUGAUUGUCACGGCGCCAGCGGCCACAGCUACCGACUUCCCGCUCGCACGUCUGUCCGACAGCGAUAUGGCGACGAUCCAAGGGCAAUACCUACCUCUUAUGGACCUCUCUUCUACCGCUAACGUCGAGGACAUCCUUCCCUGCUCGCCGAUCCAGCAGGGUAUCCUGCUGACCCAGCUCCAGUCGCCGUCGACGUACUGCAUCCAACAGACCUGCCGCGUCGCGUCUUCGGACCCCGCACUCCCUGUCGACACGGAGAAGAUCAUAAGCGCUUGGCGCCAGGUCGUCGCGCGCCAUUCGAUCCUAAGGACCGUGCUGCUCGAGCCAUUACCGGCGCAGGACAAGUUUAUGCAGGUCGUCCUUAAACAUGCUGAUAUCAGCAUCGUUAAAGCAGACGGCGUCGACGACAGUGCUGCGAUGGACUGGUUCGCUGCGCAAGCGGGGCUCGGCCUCUCCAACCUUCGCUGCCCGCCCCAUCGUCUUACCAUACUCACCACGACUUCGGAUGAGGUCUACUGUCGCUUUGACGUGAGCCACGCCUUGGUCGAUGCCUCGUCGCUUACGCUUAUUAUCCGCGAUCUCAUUGCCGCUUACGAGGGGACGUUGCCAGCUGAGGGUGGUUCGCGCUACAGCACCUACGUCGCCUUCCUGGAGGAGAAGUCGCCGCAGGAAGACCUCAAGUACUGGAAGACCCUACUUAGCAACGCCGAGCCGUGUCUCCUACCGCCGCAGGAGGCGACGCACAGCAUUGCAGAGGCGCAGCUCGCCAAGGUCUCAUCGCGGUUUGGCGAUUUAGCCCCGCUCCAACGUUUCCGUGACGAACAUAGCGUCACGGUGGCUAGCAUCUGCCAGCUGGCUUGGGCGCUUGUGCUCGCGACCUGGACUGGAUCGCACAACGUGAGCUUUGGCAAUCUCUCCAGCGGCCGAGAUACACCAAUCGCUGGAGUAGAGGAAUUAGUCGGGCCUAUGAUCAACAUGCUCGUUAGCCACGUGGAAAUAGACUGGAACGCAAAGGUGUCGGACGUAGCCCGUAAGCUCCAAGGCCAGUCCGCUGAGGCGUUUGAGCAUCAGCGGACGUCGCUUGCUGCCCUACAGCACGAGCUCGGACUUUCGCGGAGCCAACCUCUUUUCAACACGACAAUGUCGUACAAGAGGCAAGCCCCGGAUAGCUCGGUGCAAGCAGCACUUACUGUUGAGGGCGUAGAUUGGGAAGAUCCCACCGAGUACGACAUUACCGUCGGCAUCGAAGCUGGAGUAGACGCGCUCGUGGUCAACCUACAGUAUUCGACGGCAGUGCACUCGAGUGCAGCGGCUACGAGACUUGCGAAUAGCCUGGUGCAAACCGUUCGUCUCAUUUGUGAAAAUGCAGAUCAAGCACUCGGGCAGCUUAAACUUCUAGCGACAGAAGACAGUGCACAAUUCUACAAGUGGAACUCGAUUAUACCACGUCGAGUCGAGUGCUGCGUACACGAUCUUGUAAGGGAAACGAUGGCUCAGCAGCCGGCGGCGACUGCGAUCAGCUCGUGGGACGGGGAGAUGAAAUACGGCGAGCUGGACUACGCCAGCCGGCGCCUCGCUCACCACCUGACCAGCCACGGCGUUGGUCCGGAGAUGCUAGUAGGCUUAUGCAUGGACAAAUCGAAGUGGACAGUAGUGGCAAUGCUGGCUAUACUCCGUGCUGGCGGGGCCGUGGUUCCUCUCGGGGUACAGUAUCCGCUGGCCCGUAUCGAGAUUCUCGUUCAUGACACUGCCACACCACUGGUGCUUGUCGACCGCGGUCAUGAAGAACGGCUAGCGGCACUCUCGGGCCAGACAACGCUGCUCGCUGUCGAUACCUUUUUCGACGAGGCAGGUUCGAGUCUGGCAGAAACCGCCGCACUCUCCACCGAGGCUUGCACAUCCGUGCGUCCCGAGCACACAGCAUGGGUCAUUUACACUUCGGGCAGCACUGGCAAGCCUAAGGGUGUGGUGCUCGAGCAUGGUGCCCUGUCAACGAGUAUCCUCGCUCAUGGAUCCGAUUUCCCCAUACAGCGCCAUGACCGUGUGUCACAGUUUGCAGCAUACACCUUCGACGUCGCCAUUGGAGAGGUUAUGACGACUCUAUCCUACGGCGCCUGUAUCUGUAUUCCUUCUGAGGAAGAUCGUGUGAACCGUCUCACAGCUUUCCUGGCCGAGUCGCAGACUACUGUAGCUGCCUUGACGCCGACCGUAGCAGCGCUAGUCCAGCCGCAAAACACGCCGACGGUACGAACGAUGAUACUAGUAGGUGAGGCUGUCCCGCGAAAGGUAGUGGAACAGUGGAUAGAGCAGGCCACCGUCAUCAACGCUUACGGACCCUCUGAAUGCUCUAUAUGGACGACGGCGAAAAAGGUCAGGGACCCAGCAACGGCUUCGAAUAUUGGAAAGCCACUAUCUGGGGGCUUCUGGGUGGUUCAUCCCGACGACAUCAAUCGCCUGGUGCCCCUCGGAGCGCCGGGUGAGCUCCUGAUCGAGGGUCCAUUGCUCGCGCGCGGAUACCUCAACGAUACCGUCAAGACCGACGCAGCCUUUGUAUCCGACCCUGCCUUUGUGAAGGAGCUAGGAAUGACCAACGGUCGGCGUAUGUACCGCACGGGAGACAUAGUGCAGCAGCAAGCGGAUGGCUCGCUCGUCUGCCUCGGCCGCCGCGACACGCAAGUUAAGAUCCGAGGUCAGCGAGUGGAAAUCGGCGAGGUUGAGCACAACAUCGACAGACAGGCGGCCGUGGAAGAAGCAGUAGUGCUGUUCCCUCAGGAGGGCCCAUGCGCGAACCAGCUGGUAGCGUGUGUGGUCCUGAGCGACACGGCCUCGUUCUCGCCAGCCCGGUCUGGGGCCGGUGGCGUGUGCGAACUGCCUCACGAUGAAUGGCACGCCGCAGCGCUGCAGUGCGGCGCCGUGCGCGACGUGGUGGCGCAGCACGUGAUGCACUACAUGGUGCCCAGCCAGUGGCUCCCGCUCGCCGCUCUGCCGGUCAACGCAUCUGGCAAAACCGAUCGGCGGGCGCUGACCGAGUGGCUGAUGACGCUGACGGCGGAGACGCUCGCGAUGCGCACGGGACAGGGGCAGGUGGAUGACGAGGAGGUGGAGGAAGAGCUGGAGACGGAGACGCAGCAUCGCCUACGAGAGGCUUGGAGUCAGGUGCUCGGCGUGCCCCAACGCCGCAUUCGCCUUACGUCUUCCUUCGUCUCUCUGGGAGGAGAUUCGAUCACGGCCAUGCAGCUGAUAUCGGCGUGCCGCGCCAUGGGCCUCGCCGUGUCGGUGCGCGCCAUUCUCCAGAGCCCCACGCUGGCGGCGCUGGCGCUCGAGACGCGCGUGGACUUGCAGUCGGCCGGCGACGAGUCGGCGGUGCCCGAUGAGCCUUUCCCACUAUCGCCGGUGCAGCGACAAUUUUUCGGCGACGUGGCCGCCGAUGAUCUCCGGGCCGAUGGCGAUUUCCGGUUCAACCAGUCGGUGCACCUGAACGUCCGGCGGGCGGUGCAAGGUGCCGACCUCGCCCGCGCCCUCGACGCCGUGGUGGCCAAGCACGCCAUGCUGCGCGCCCGCUUCCAGUACACCGCCGAGGCCGGGUGGCAGCAGAGGAUCGAGACAGAGCUCGUGGGAUCGUACCGGUUCCGCGCGCACCAGGCCCCUGACCGCGAGGCCCUGGCAGCCAUUACCCUCGCCUCCCAGAGCAGCCUGGACCUCGCCCAUGGACCCGUCUUCGCCGCCGACUUGAUCACCACUCCCGACGCCCAAACGCUUUUCCUGACCGCCCACCACCUUGUCAUCGAUUUGGUGUCGUGGCGCAUCCUGGUGCGAGACCUGACUGAGCUACUGACGAACGGGGUCUUGCCCCGCCGCCACGCCUUUUCCUUUCCGCGCUGGCUCGGACGGCAGCGCCGCUUGGCCAACGCUGCUGUCGCGGAGCCGUCCGCCUCGCUGCCGUACGACGUGCCGGCCGCGAGGUGGGACUACUGGGGCUUGAGCCCGGGAGAAUAUACCGUAGCCGAUCUCACCGAAGUCCGGGCCGAACUCGACGAGGCCACGACCGCGCGACUAUUUGGAGACGCCAACGCGCCGUUGCGCUCGGAGCCUGUGGAGCUCAUGCUGGCCGCACUCUUCCACGCCUUUGCCCGAGUCUUCCCCGACCGCGCUGUCCCCGCUGUCUUCGUCGAAGGGCAUGGGCGCGACUCGGACGAGACAAGCGACGCGGCGCUCGCCGCGGAGACUGUCGGCUGGUUCACGACCAUGACACCGUUGGCAAUCCCCGCCUCGGAGGAGUUGGGUCUGGUGGAUACGCUACGUUGCACCAAGGACCGGCGACGUGCUUGGCCGGAGAACGGCGUGCGCUAUUUCCGCGAACGCUUCCUGCGCAGCUCGUCGCUCGACCACUUCGCGUCGCAUCGAUCCAUGGAGAUCCUCUUCAACUACCUUGGACGAUUCCAGCAGGUGGAGGGCGCGGCCGACGGUCUGUUUGCGCUAGAUGCCGAGGCCACCGCGUCCGACGUGGGCUCCCGCACCCGUGUCCUCGCUCCAAUCGACGUAUCUGUUUCGGUUGAAGCCGGUCGGCUACAGACCAGCGUGCGAAUCAGCGAGAAGUCCCGCCAUUACGACUCGCUCCGACGCUGGACGAGGCAAUACGGCGACUCCCUCCAACAACUCAUUGUCGAAUUGACCGCUACCAAACCUACAUUGACUGCGAGCGACUUCCCUCUUGCACGAUUGGGCGAUGCAGAUCUCGAGAGUCUCAACCGAACCGGGGUCUACGAUGUGGGUGCUGACGAUUGGGCCAACGUUCAGUCCAUUCUCCCCACGACGGAUGCCCAGAGGCGUUUCAUCACUGCCAACACGUGCAAAGAACAAGCUCAUUACGAUUGGCUUACAUUCGACGGCACGGGGGAGCUUGACUCUGUCCGCUUCUCUCGCGCUUGCUCAGAGCUAGUCGCGCAGAUUGAAUGUCUGAGGACGGUCUUCAAAAACGUGAACGACAGGCUACUUCAGAUCGUCUUGCGGCAAUCGACGCCCAAGGUGAAGGUGGUCACCAACGCCUCCAAUCUCGACCACGCAUUGGCGGAACUCCAUGCAGACGCUCUCUCCCGACCAGUCGACAUUCAAGAACCAAUGUUCGAAGCAAUGCUUAUCGUCGAUCGAAAGGCGAGUAAAAGUCGUGUCGUUUUCCGCCUCUCACACGCGCUGUUUGACGCGGCAUCCCUGCCUCAAAUCCUGGGCGCUUUUGCCUCGCUCAUUGGGGGAGAACAAAUGGCAAGCCCAUCCAUUGCCUUCCGAGAAUACAUGGAGGACGUCGUCAAGCAUCAGCAUGGAUCCUCGGCCGUUCAAUAUUGGCGUCAGGCCCUUCAGCAGAUGUCCAUACCUCACAUUGGACCGUCUCUGCCAAGAGGGCAGCUGUUCAGGAUGCGUGAAUCCGAGAGAUCUGAAGUCCACAUUCCCAAAUCUUCUUACCAAGGCAUCGCACUUUCGACGGUGGUCAAGACAGCGUGGUCGCUCACACUUAUGCGUUCUAGCCAGUCGGUUGACGUCUCGUUCGCAGAAGUUGUGGCAGGACGCUCGACGGUGCAAUCCACAUCGGUGAACGCCCUUGGAUGCUGCAUCGCCUUCAAGCCUGUUCUUGUCAGUACCCGAGGGGAUCAGAGUCUCCCAGAUCUGCUCCGAGCCAUGCAAGAUCGUCAAGUCGCCGAGAUGGCCUACGAAACGCUCGGCGAACACAGCGUGCUGGACGAGUGCACCGACCUGCCACCUGGCACGGACUUCUCCUCUGUCAUCAACUAUCAACACAAGGCAGAAGCGAUAUCGCUUCGAUUGAGCGAUGUGGAAUUCACCGGCGUCGACCACGAUCUUUCGCCGCCGUACGGUUUCAUGGACGUCGAGCUCUACAUUGCAGAAUCUCCGGGGACGCUCGGCUUGCAGAUGCGCUUUGCAGACCAUGUCUCAGCCGACGCGGCCGAGAAGUUAUUGGCGUCCCUGCGUCAAGCUAUCGUUCUGUUGACGAGCUCAGCGGCAGGGGAUAUGACCGCGGAAGAUCUCAUUGACAAAUUGUAG